GUUUUCCAUCCCAGGAGCCUUCAUUUCCGGCAUGGGGGGCGGAAGUACGUUCGGCCGGCUCCUGGCGCUGGUGCCCGGGAAACAGCAGUUUGGGGUUUAUAGGUUCCUCCCCUUCUUCUUUGUACUGGGAGGCGCCAUGGAAUGGUUCAUGAUUAACGUGCGGCUGGGCCCGGAGACUUUCUAUGACGUGUACAGAAGGCGACAGUCGGAAAGACGACAGGAGCGCAGGUUGGAGGAGGAGCUAAUGAAUCAGACGCAAGUUGAUAGGAAGUGAAACUAUAACAUUCGCCUGUCACAGUUGCCAUGGAGAUUGCGGCAGGACGUGCGCUGCCCAUUGUGGGACCUUUUCAGCAGCGAAUCAGAACUCGGAAUGGAAUGUGGGCGUCAUUCUUACCCAGGACUGGGUGCCGCCCACAUUAUGUCACUCACAAAGGGGAACUCGACCCUAAAGCUGCUUUUGUUUUCUAUUGAAAGUAAAUGUUAUUCUUAGCGACUCCCGGUACCUGCACUGCUGGUUCUGACUCCUGA